UCUCUCUUUUAAUCAUUCUCAUACCAUACUCUUAAACGAAAUAAAAGAAAAUGAAUUUGGUGAUAGAAAUAUUAACAGGUACUUUGUUUCACAUUCAAGUAGCCAAAGACACGACUGUUGCGGAUUUGAAAAGAGAAAUAAGCAAUCAAGAAAAGCUUCCUGAAAAUCGUUUGAUCCUAAUGUUGAACACUGGUGGUGAUUCUAUCAUGUUGAAUGGUGAUGAAAUCCCUCUUGUAGAGUAUGGGGUAAAAGAUGGCUCUCAUUUUUACCUAUUUUUUAAGCUUCCAAAUAAUAACAACAAUGUUGAAGGUCAAGAUGGUGAUGGUGAUAAUGUGAAUAUGGAUCCUAAAACUCCGACUUCUCAAGGCGAUUCUGUUACUAUUGCAAAAUAGAUAGAGGCGGAUUCAGGAUUUUAAAUCAGUACAAUGGUACCUUUUUUUUUAGCAAUAGGUAUGGAUUUAGUGUGGAAAAUAAAUGCAUAGUUUGAGUUGAACGUAACAUUAAUAAGAUGUAAUUUGUGAUAUGCUUUUG